AUGAAUUGCAAAAACAAUGGAUUUAGUGGAUCUGCUUUCUUCAAACUGUUUUGGAUAGCUGCAAAUGCACACAAUGAGUAUGUGUAUGGUAAAGCAUUAGAGAAUAUCACUGCUCAUGAUCCAAAUGUUGCUGCAUACUUGGACACAUGCCAGGAGCAGUGGUCCAGGCAUAUGUUUGACCCUGCUGUUUGUUGUGAUCACAACACAACAAACUUUGUGGAGUCAUUCAAUGCAUGCACAAAACCAUACAGAGACAUGCCUGUAUUCUCAUUGUUGGAAGCAAUCAGAAAGUGGUGUAUGGAGAGGGUUGGGGCAAGAUUUGACAUGGCAAUUGAUAUGGAGGAUGGUCAGUUGACUGAGUAUGCCAAGAAAGAGGUGGAUGAAAGAACAGGAGAGUCUAGGUUCUGCUAUGCUACAGCCUGUGGUGGGGGGGAAUUUGAGGUCAGAGAUGCACAUGUGAACUUCCCCAUCAGGUUAUCAACUAGAAGCUGUGGGUGUGGAAAGUGGCAAAUUUCUGGAAUCCCCUGCAAGCAUGCACUCAGGGUGAUUUAUGACCAAAGGCUGAACCCCAUUGAUUUUGUCUCCCCAUUCUUCAAGUCUGCUGCAUACAAGCUUACAUAUGCAGACCACAUUCACCCCAUGUCAGACCCAACACAGUGGCCUAACUUUUCUCUCCCUACCAUUCAGCCUCCAGUCAUCAAAAGACAAGCUGGCAGACCUGCUAAGAAGAGAAAGAGAGGACCAAAUGAACCCAGGAAGGGGAAGAGGAACAGCAAUGUGAAAUGUGGAAAGUGCAGGGAGUUUGGUCAUAACUCAAGGACAUGUAAGAAUGGAGGACCAAGCACUGGACCAAGCACUUCAGCAGCAGCAGGAGCAAGUACAUCACAAGGGGGUCCAAGGGGGAGGAAAAGAGCAAACACAACAACUUAA